AUGGAUCCAAACCCAAUUACCCUCCCAGCCCCCUUCUCCUCAAUCCCCCGCUCAUCCCUCCUCCUGGGCCCAUCUCCAAUCCACCCCCUCCCCCGCAUAACAGCCGACCUCCAAACCCCAAACACCCCGAAAGUCUCCAUCUACGCCAAGCGCGAUGACCUGAACUCCGCCUAUGCCUACGGAGGCAACAAGACCCGCAAGCUCGAGUACCUGCUCGCAGACGCCCAGGCUCAAGGAUGCACUACCCUUGUCUCAAUCGGUGGUGUUCAAAGUAACCACACGCGCCAGGUCGCUGCCGUCGCCGCGCGUUCCGGUCUCAAAGCCCGUCUUGUACAGGAGCACUGGGUCGAUUGGACUGAUAAGGGAUAUGAAGAUACCGGGAAUAUCCAACUGUCCCGAUUGAUGGACGCGGAUGUCAGACUUGAUCCCUCUGGUUUUGGAAUCGAGCAUAAGAAUACCGCUGCUGCGGUGGUUGAGGAGUCCAAGAAGGCUGGCGAGAUCCCUUACUAUAUCCCAGCUGGUGCGUCUGAUCAUCCACUUGGAGGACUUGGCUUUGCGCGCUGGGCGUUUGAAGUACGUGAGCAGGAACAGAAGAUGGGUGUGUUUUUCAACACUGUUCUUGUGUGUGCUGUGACGGGGUCGACGUUUGCGGGUAUGAUUGCUGGCUUUAAGUUGUUGGAGAAGGUCUACCCGGAGGAUCCUAAGAGGAAGGUUAUUGGUAUUGAUGCGUCGGCGACUGUUGAGGCGACGUUUAAGCAGGUUUUGCGCAUUGCGAAGAAUACUGCUGCGAAGAUUGGUUUGUCGGAGGAUGAUAUCACUGAGAAGGAUGUUAUUCUUGAUGAUCGGUACCAUGCGGGUAUUUAUGGUAUUCCUGAUCGUCAGACUUGGGAUGCUAUCGAGUAUGCUGCGAAGAUGGAGGCGUUCAUUACUGACCCCGUGUAUGAGGGGAAGAGUUUCGCGGGUAUGAUGGAUAUGAUUCAGAAGGGUGAGAUUGCGGAGGGGAAUAUCCUGUAUGCGCACCUCGGUGGGCAAUUGGCUUUGAACGCCUACUCGGACCUGGGCAGGACCCAGUAG